GCGGCGUCCGGGCCGGGGCCGGGACACGCUUCCGGGGCGGGGGCGGGGGACGCGCGCUCCGCCCUCGCCACCGGGAGCCUCCCGGCCGCGGCGGAGCGGAAGGCGACUCCCCAUCGUGCCCUGGGGGCUGCCCCCGUUCCGGGAGGUCCGAGACCUGGCCGCCGCUCUGGCCGCACUGUGGGCGUCGUGCCGGGCGGGAGCAGGGGCCCCGCGGAAGCUGGAAGUGGGCCCGCAAGGAGAGCAGGUGCCCGAGCACCGCGGUGGAAUGUGUGAGACCCCAGUCAGCGCGCCCGGUGACCGCUUUCCAUGUUGCCCGGAGCGCGGGAAGGCGAGCCCUGACUUUCUGGAGAAACGAAGGACUAUUUUGCUUCAGAACUCUGAAUUUUGGGAAAUUAUGGAUCGUCACAUUCCCAUGCAUGCUUUACCUGAAGAAAUCCAAAAGAUGUCUCCUGAAGAAAAGGUUUGCAAAUACUGUGGAGUCAGCUAUCUAAUUCUUCAUGAAUUUAAGGCUAUGGAAGAAAAAAUGAAAGCAAUGGAAAAAGAGAUGAAAUUUUACCAAGAAAGUGUAGAACGUGAAAGGAGACUUCAAGAAAAGCUGCAGUCGCUUAGCCGAGACUUUGAACAGUACAAAAUUAACAGUGAAUCCAAAACAGAAAGAAUUUGGGAUGCAAGCAUACAGUUAAAAAGUCAACAAACUGAAUAUCAGAGAGUACAUAAAGAACUGAGUCAUUUGCAACAUGAAUUAAAAAUCAAACAUAGACUAUCACAAGUCUUCAGUCAAAGAUUGUCGGAGUACAAAUAUUUCUGGAAUAAGACUCUUUCAUUACUUACUUUUACUAAAAGGGAGCUAACCAGUAUUAAAAAUGAAAUAUAUGAUAAUUUUCAAGACUGGACUUCACUGAAAAGAGAAGUUUUUCUGCAAAUUACAUCUAUAAGUGAAACAGCCUUGACAGAGAUAGAGACAUUAAAUAAAACUUUGACAGCGUCACAGAGAACUAAGGUAUGCCUUGAAGAGGAAAUGAAAAAUCUCAAAUUGUUGUCAGAUACAGCCAUCUUGAGGUCCCAGCAGAUUCAUAUGUCCAAGCAGCAGGAAGAAAACUUACAAGUCAGAUGCCAUGAUUUACAGAAAGAAGUACUAGAUUUACAGUGUCAAGUAGAGGCCCUUGGGUUAAGACUUCAGAGGACAGUGGCGGAGCUGGACAACUGUAAAGAAAUGCUCACGAAUAAAUCUAAUGAAGCUGAUGAAUGUCAAAGAGAACUAAGGAAACUGAAGUUUGAAUCCAUUAUUUCUGAAUCACGGCACACUAGGCUGCUUAAAGAAAAAGAAGACUCUUUAAUGACUUGUCAACAAAUAUAUAAAGCUUUACAGGAAGAGCUGACUGCAAAAGAAAGGCAAGAAGAAGACACAAAGAGAAUAAUUAACCUCUCAGAAAGUGAGUUAGAGAUAACCAAAGUUCUUCUGAAUCAGACAAGACAAGAGGUCACAACGCUGAAAAAUGAAAGGGAAUUAAUGCUGAUGUCGCAUCAGAAAAGCAUCGAGCAGCUGCAGGAGACCAUUAGACAGAAGAUGCUUAGCGACGAUAGCUGGAAGGAGAAGAUUGAGACUGAACUUGCCAAGGAAAGAGCCCGACACUUAGCUGAAUUCGAGGAGAAGGCUCUUCUCUUUAAAGAAGAAGCAAAAUUGGAACUUGAUAUUGAAAAAGAAAAACACCAAGAAAUAAUCCAAAAGUAUAAGAAGGAACAGAAAGAACUACAAAUGAAGAUAUCUGACUUAAUCGCAGGCGCUACUAGAGACCUAAGGCUGGAAGUGACCACUCUUAAAGAAAAACUCCACAAAUCCCACAUCCAAUACACAGAAGAAUCUGAGUCAAAGAAAAAAGAAAUUGAAAACCUAAAAAAUUUGGUUGCAGAAUUUGAAUCUCGUUUGAAGAAGGAAAUUGACAGUAAUCAUUCAGUUUCAGAAGACUUGAGGAAGGAAAUGAAACACAAGUCAGAUGAACUGGAAAGAGUAUUGCUGGCACAAACACAACUGAUACAACAACUUAGCCGGUCCCAGGAAGAGAAUACCUUUCUUCAGGAAACUGUACGCAGAGAGUGUGAAGAGCGCUCUGAGCUGACGCAGGCCCUGAGCCAAGCCCGGGAACAGCUCCUGGCGCUGAGGAAGCUCAGCGGAAGCCUGCCACGGCCACUGUGCUCCCUCAGCAGAGGCAGCCCAGACCUCCCUGCCCCAGCCUCUGGCGACCAAAGGGACAGCAGCCGUGCAGUACUGCGUGCUGGACGAGGACUCAGAACCCCCAGUGCGCCCGGAGCGUCCAGACGCUCCAUCUCCCCACCCGCAGGUAAGCCCAGCAGGGCCAUCAGCUCCAGUGUGCCUGCGCUCACCCAGCAGCAGCUGCCCAGGGCCCGAGCGUCCUCACAGAGGCUGGCUGCCACUCUUUGGAGGAGGCUGAAUCGGCAGUGACUGGUCCCAAAACAGGAGCUCUGCACAGGGCACAGGCACCCCUCCAGGGGCCCAGGCUGUGCACCCAUGGAGGCCAAGAUCAAGCAUGUCUACAGGAACAGAUAACAGUAGGCUGUCGGAGGACAGAACGCUGUGAAGUCACAUUUCCCAAGAGAUCUUUGAAAUCACAACCGAUAAAGAAAUUGUUGAUACUGCAGAAGGCCAACAGAGAAGCCCGUGUAUUUAUGUUUAAAUGUGCUCUACUUCGGAGGUCACAGGGAACACAUUGUCACCCGUAGCAUCUUUUCUUUCUUCCUUUUUUUUUUUAACACUAUUACAAGUAGACAUUUUCCCCAAAAAUAGAUGACAUUGGUUUUAUUAGUGUGUGUUUGUUGAGCUAAAUAGGUUAAAAAUAUAUAGAAGUACUCAGAAUAGAGAAAGACAGUAUUUUAGUCCUUAAUUAGAUGAUUUCCAAAAUAUUUAGUUCAUCUGCAGAACCUGUCCUUUACCCUGCAGCCCACUGGUUAGUGGGUUCUGUUCCAGCUGGGUCAGAAGUAAUGAUGGAAAAAUUCCAGGAGGGUCUUCCCUAAGUGGUGGGACCGUCCAGGGCCAGCGAUGGCAUCUCAACUCCAGGACAGGGAGUUUUCUUUACUUUACGAAGCCUGGGCCAUGAAAAUAAUCCUGGGUAGAAAUUUUCUGCAUGUAAUGCUGUUGGCAUGCAGAGUCAGGUUUUGAUCAAAUGCUUAUCCUCCAGCCGUGGAGAACGUUGUGGAGGUGGCUUAGUAAAGGAAACAGAGCGCACUUGGGAUUCAAAUUCUAUUACCCAUGAAAAUGGGAACUGGUAACACACUUUCUGUUUUCAGAGUGAAAAAGGAAAACCAGAAACCAGAUGAGCUAUUUUAAGUUAUUUUAAGGCUUCAGGCUCCUCCUGGUCUUAAAACAUAAUUCUUUACCUUCGACUAAUAUUCAUCUAUCUUUUUUCCCAUAUUUUCUUUUUUUAAAAAAAUUAACUUAUUUUCCUCUGACUACAGUCCUCCAUGAACAUCCAAACCACCUCCUCACAUAUUAGAAUAAUAGCAAUAUGAAAUAUAGUAUAAAAUGUCUCCUAGUUGGCUACUCCAUUGAUGAGAGAAUACAAAGGUAUUUGGGAUCUAUCCCAUGUGUAUAAAGGGUAGAGUCACCAAGCAAAAUCAUGUUUAUCUUCAGUCUUUCAAAGAAUUAGUCUGACCUACCAAUAGAGUAUUUUAAACUCCCCCCCCCAAAAAAAAUCCACAUGAGAUCCACUAAUAUAUCCCCACUUGUUCAAGGACAGCAUUCGUGUUAGAGUUUGAUACUAACUUGAGAUUGUUGUUCUUGGUAAUGGCAUUUGACAAGUGAGCACGGCUCACAGGAUGGGGGCCCUGGAUGGACCAACAGGUCACCCUCACCAUCUCUUUAACAUAAGGGGUGGAUGCUUAAGGCAGUGCAGCCACUUGGUGACAGAACCUCCUGUCACUGAGCUCAGUCUUUCCACCUCACAAGAGCUUUCCAAGCUUUCACUGUGAGUUAUUAGUAGCACCUGUGCAUGUAUAGUGUUUUUCUUUAAGGGUGCUUACUUUUUUAAACUUAAAUUUGCAUCAGAAGGAAAUUUAAUAAGGAAGAAUAACCACAGUAACGAGUUUGGGUUUGAUUUGCUAGUUAGAUUUUUUUUUUCCUAAGGAACUUUAAAAUAAAUUUUGUAUUUCUUAAGAGAUGUUGGUCCAUCUCUGAUACCACCUUGUGAAAUGCCAGGACCAUGCUCCAUACCUCCUUGUCUCUGACCUGUCAUUUGCUUAUUUCAGUCACAAGUGCUAGUGACAUAAGGCAGAGGCAGAAGCUGGUGACAGCAUUGAGGAGUGCCUGGGGUGGUGGCUUUGUGACCAGGGGUCUUGCGGCUUCAGUCUCGCAGCUACAGCACCCUUUUCAGGAACUGUGGGGCUACAAUGGGUUUCUUCCCUCAGUGGUGGCCAUAUUUGGAUUAGUAGAUUUAUGCGUAGCUUUUCUACAGCGAGGUGCAGACUAGCAAUGCAAAGCAUGGUUCCUCAGUUUGUUGUCAGUCUCUUGCUUUACAGUGAGUGAUUCUGUAACCGAGCACUCUGAGAACAGAAUCAUGAUCUGCAAUAAGGUUGUUAUGUUCCACUUCUGUAUCAGCGAAGUGAUUCCAUGGCUCAACAAAACAGUAUUUUCAUUUACUUUUACCUUGCUUGACAUCUAACACGUGGGCACUCACAUUCUGCCUUUCUACGCUGUCAUUGUGAAUCGGUAAAUCUCCCAGAAAUCUGGUGGCAAAAGGAAGUCCGUUUCCAUUCAGAAGAACCUAGAAUAUCUUCCAUCAGCACCCAAGACUCUGGCCCUGAACAGAGCUAGAGAUUUGAUGUUAGUUGUUUAAACCAGUAUAAAUGCUUUUGUUUCUAUCACUGGCAACUCACUGAAUAAUCUUAAACUUCAAUGUUAUGUUGAGGCCAAGAGGGGGACAAAAGGACAGUCAGUGUAGGCAAUGAAUGGUAGGGUCAUGGGGAAGACCCGGGCAGGUUCAAAAGGAAAGGGAGUAAAAUGCUAAUACCUCCAGAGGCCUUAACCCUCUUCCACCUGUUGCCAAGGUAGCCUGCCUCCAGGGAAUUGUUCCUCCCUGCAAGGGGUUAUUAAUUAAUGUUCUCUGGUCCACUUCCUUCCUGCCAAUACCAGAUACCCCUGGGUGGUUUUGUUCCUGCCCUUGGAUCAUUCUACCUUUUGGCCCACCCUAUGGUCACUAGUCACAUAGUCAGGAUGGGGGAGGAAAGACAUGAGAACAAAAGAAAUCUAAAAGGUAUAAAAGGGGCAGGACACCCCCACUUCCUCAGACACUCAGCUCUUUGGAGAAGUCUAUCUCUAUUGUAUCCUUUAAAUAAAACUUGCUUUCUACACUUGCCUCGGUGUUUCUCGGGUGUUCAAUCUUCACAUCAGAGAGAUGGGACUCCACUCUGAUUCUCAUCACCGGUAUCAACAACAGCAUAUGUUUGGUUAUCUGUGUUUUAAGACUUGUGAAACAGAGUGCUUAGAUAACAUUAGAAUUAUGAAGAAAAUAGCAUAGUACCAUUAUUCUCCUGAAAGUAGUUCUAAAACACUUGAAUGUAAUACUACAACUUGCAGAAUUACAUCUAGAGCAAUUUAUUUUAAAGGCAGAACAAACAGUAGCUGUUUGGGAAUUCAGUUCCAAUUCUCCACUUCAAAUCUGCGUGUAAACAAGGCCUUCUGCUAAUCUGCUCGUAAGCAUCAUCCAGUUCAUCUCAUGAUGCCACCUUCUUUACAUACCUUGAAUCAAGAAAAUAAUGAAAGAGCUUCAUUCCAUUCACCAUUAAAAAUUUAGUGAAUACCCUUUAUUAACAUUCUUAGUACUAUAUAUAGCUUGUAUGAUUAUUUAUUACUAUUAGUUAUUCUUAGAGUUCAUUCAAAGUCAAUAAUUAAUAUAUAAUUAGAAAUUAAAGCAUUUUAAAUAUGAAAGUAUCUUUAAAUAGAUACUUUCAUAAGACGUUUGUGUGAAAGGACUUAACACUGGAAAGGCAUUUGUUUGCUGGAUGAUAUGAACACCUGGCUUUGGGUUUGCACCAUGGCCAGAUAAACCACUCUUUCUCUCAAGCGGGCUCAACGUGUUCUGACACAUAAAUCUAAAGAGAUGCCCUCUGUCUCCAGUCUUCGUAAGUCAAUGAGUUCUACAGUUGUAAUUUUCUACCCAGAAUCUUGUUUUUCUAGGGAAUUAAGGUCACUGCCAAGAUUCAAGUGACUACUUCUUUUCACUGAUUUAAAGCAGGAUUUCUUAAAGCCCAGGGAAAGUGAGCUCCCAUCCUCUUUUACCAGACUUUUAAAGUAGUAUAUUGGAGGUUUAAGCUGAAAUCUCAAAGGAUCUCAGAACUGGAAUCUUUUAUUUUUCCUACUGGUGCACAAUGCUCAGUAUGAAAAGGGAGAGAUGUCCUUUUGGUGAGCUAGAGAAAAAGGAAUUCCCACCUUACUUAACAGUACUGAUUAGCUAAGGACUCACCCCACGGUUCUCUUCAGAGUCAUGAGGCAGUGUUUUUGCUGAUGUACCAAAAACUGUCUUUUAAAAACUGUUUUUAGAAUGAUAGUUAAUAUAUUUAAUUAUAAAUUUAAAUAGCUGCAAACUAUACUGUAAAAAUAAUAAGUCUGUUACAAAUAUUGGUACUUACAAAAUAAAAUUCUUACUUUAAGGCCUUUUAUAAUUGUAAAAAAACAUGCAUUAUGUGGUAAAGUUCUUGUGGAUUGAAUUAUUAUUACAGUAGUUAUUGCUAUUCUACUAUUUGAAAUAAAAUAUAUAUGUUAUGAAUUUUGGUAAAUGAUUAGUAAGCAUAAAAGUUCAAUUCUAAUAAUAAUGCAUUCUUGAUGAGAUGAAUCAAUUUAUUUUUCUUUGCAUUUAGUGAAAAAUAAAGGUAGAGUAAAAAAUAA